AUGAAGAUUCUAAGAUUAGCACUAUUGUUAUUCACAUUUAUGAUGUCAAUAAAUUUAAUUGGAAGCAUGAAGAGUAAGUACUACCUUGGGAGGUGGAAGAAUGCAAUCCACUCCGUGGCCGUUGAAGGUACCGAUGAUCAUCCUAUGAUGAGUGCAAUUUACAGACACAGAGAACACAAGGCUGAGAUUAUUGCCAACUUUGAGGAAUCUGUGUCAAAUUUGAUUGAUGUGAUAAAACGUGGAAUGGUAACAAGUAUGGAUGGAUAUAUGUAUGGUAGAAGGCAGGUUAAAAAGGCACAAGACUAUGAUCCAAUUUCAAAAUUGGCAGAGAGUGAUGAUGCAAAAAUAGCAAAAAAGAAAAAGAAAAAGGGUAUACCAUUGAUGGAAUGGUUUAGAUACUCAUCAGUUUUGAGAUUGGCUAGUGAAUUUGGGUCAGGACUAUUGUCAUUAAAAGAUUCAGUUCCAUUUGUAGACCAUUCACCUGACAUUCUCAAACCUGUAAGAGUAUUAUCUAUUUUAAGUAAGAACAGAAUUGAGUGGAGUUUAACCGAAAUUGCCUGUUCUACUUACGGAAUAGUAAUAAGUCCAAUGUACGAUGCUUUGGGCCCAGACGGAGUAGCACAUAGCAUUAAUUUGGUGGGCUCUUCAACAGUAGUAGUUUCUAUGGAAGCUUUAAAUACGAUUUUAAGCAUUCUUUCAAAAUUACCGAAAGUCCGAUAUGUUGUUUUACUUCGACCUGAAGAUGGAGGUGAUGUAAACUAUCCAUUAGAUAGAGUAGAGCUUACAAAGGAUACCCUCAAAGCUUAUGGUGUCCAGGUUUCACUUUCUAAGUACGAAAUUCCAAAUGAUGUGAAUUUUGUAACAUUUGAAGCAGUGAUGAGGCUUGGUGAAUUGAAUUUGAAGGAACCAACUCCCUCUGGUUAUGAUGACAUUAGUUCGAUUUAUUUUACAUCAGGUACAACAGGAGUUCCAAAGGGUGCAAUCCAUACUAACGGGAAUUGGAUUGCAGGAGCAUCAGCUUCUCUUAGAUCAUUUUUGAAUAGAUCUGACUGUACCCUUGAACCAAAAGACAGGUAUCUAAGUUUCUUACCACUAGCUCACAUUUUUGAACGUGAGGUGCACCACAUAAUGAUUUAUUCUGGAGGAACAAUCUGCUUUUACGGAGGCGAUAUUCUAAAGCUGGGAGAAGAUAUGAAGGCUGCAAGACCCACCAUCUUUGUGGCAGUUCCUAGACUAUUUACAAGAAUUUACAAAGGCAAGGUAUUGCAAGAAGUGAGAAAGAAGAGUGAUGGAGUACAGAAAUUUUUCUUUAAGAUUUUGAAAAAAAAGGUUGAGAGCAAACAUCCAGUUAAACAUUGGUUUUAUGAUGCACUAUCAUUUAGAAAAAUCAGUAAAGUUCUUGGAGGGAGGAUCAGGUUUACAUUGAGUGGAGCAGCUCCCUUGGACGAACAUACUCAGAGAGAUAUGAGAGCUUUGCUGAGAACCCAUGUAGUGCAGGGAUAUGGUACAACAGAAGCUUUAGCUGCAUUUUGCCCGGAGUUCACAGACUUAAGUGUAAAUAACGUUGGAGGGCCAAUUCCUUGUAUUGAAUUUAGAUUCUUGAGUAUUCCAGAAAUGGAAUAUGACGCAAAAAGUUACCCAAUACAAGGUGAACUUUUAAUUAGAGGUAGUACAAUUUUUAAAGGAUACCUUAAACAACCAAAGGAAACUGCUGAGACAAUUGACAAGGACGGAUGGUUACACACUGGAGAUAUAGCCGAAUUGACCGAAAAUGGUGCAAUUAGGAUUAUUGAUCGAAGAAAGCAUUUAUUUAAACUUUCUCAAGGUGAAUACAUCUCACCAGAAGCUCUUGAGAACAUCUACAUUGCUCACUCUCCAAUAGUUGGCCAAAUGUUUAUCACUGCAAAGACAACAGAGUCUGUGAUUGUUGCAAUAAUUGCCCCUGACUCUGAUUUCGUUAAAGAUUGGUCUAGAAAGAAUGGUAUUCUUAUCUCAUCAGAUUGGCAAUCUCAGUUUAGACAAAUCUGUAAUGAAGCCAAUACAAAAUACCUACGGGAAGAGAUUAACACUCCUCUUCGUGACGAAAUUAUUGCUUCUUUAAAGCAGGUGGAGGACCAGCAAGGAAUAAAGGGAUUCAAAAAGGUCAGUGACUUUUAUCUUGAGUGCGAUGGAUUUACAGUUGAAAAUGGCAUUUUGACCCCAACUAACAAGCUCAUGAGGCACAAGGCUAACAAGGCCUAUCAAGAGCAAGUUGAACAGCUUUAUGCAAUAAUAAACAAGAAGUUUGGAAACAAGCCAUGA